GGGGCACACACAUACUGACAUAGACGCAAAGUUCAACUUAUUCGUGAAAAAACUAUCUGGUUGCGAUGCUUACACCAUGGACGAGCUCUUCACCGUCCUGCAAGCAUCAUGCGAGAAGGACGUCGAUUGCACUCUCCUCACUGAACUGGCUGACCGGAAAAACGUCAUUGACCCGUUCCUCGAUCACAAAAUCAAGGGGCAUGCGACGCCGCAUCUCUUCCGAUUCUUCAUGGAUGGGGACAACCCUGCAAUGUUGUACAAAGAGCAUUGCACCAAGAAAAAGUGGAAGCCCGAGACUGACCUUGUGUACGGGUUCAAAAGGGGUGUAGACAACAAGUGGGCGGGAUCUCAAUGGAGUUUCCAGCCGUUUCGCGGGUCGCCUAACUUGCAGGCAGACGAUUUAAUUUACGAAAUUGCGGGGAUUCGUAUUCUGCAAAAAUCAUGGGAAAAUACGCAAAACGAAUGGGAGACGCAAGAUGAACACACAAGGGUGCUGAAAUAUGCACGGUUGAGGUAUUGGACCGACCGUCUCAACGAAUUUGAAAAGAGGUCGGAAAAGGACAGCGGUACGGUGCCCCUGCAAAGUGCCUUCUGGCAUGCACCAAUGCCUGAAAAGAAAGAUGUCCUACCAGUUGCUCCGCAUGUUAUCGACUCGUCGACAAGGAAACCUUGUUUUGUCGGUCACACGAACGAUGCCCCGAAACCAGAGUUCAAACCGCACGAGGUCAUAGCCGUGAAUAACUUCGUAGUAUUCCGCGUACCGGACGAUUACGUUGCGAAGGGCUGCACAUUCUGGAUCGGACGCGUUAUGGAGCGGGAUGAUAAUCGCAUCCACGUCAAGUACUGGACACCUUGAGGAAGGGAUCGCGACUUAGCGAAGUUGUAUGCAGACGCAUGGGCAAAGACAUGGAAGGUCGAAACUGAAUCAGGCGGCAGUUGGCAAGACCUCGACGUCGUUGCGUGGGCAUGGACCAACAAUAAACACUCUGAGACAGA